AUGAAUGUUGUUUGUUCUAUGCUGAUAUUGUCAAUUGUAUGGUCGGCUUUGGUGACUGAAUAUCUCUUGGUCACUGUUUAUUUACAAUAUUCUGUACAAGUUCCCACAACUACUAUAUUUGGAUGGUUACUGUCUUCAAUUCCUGAUUCUGAAACAAUCACCUAUUCAGGGGAUUUCCCCUUCAAUGAAACAUUCAGUGAACAAAUCCUCAGAUUACAUAAUGAGAAAAGAUCAUUACAUGGUGCACAAACUAUGUCCUGGAAUGCCUCCUUAUUCGAAUAUGCUUCAAGAUUCGCCAUGGAUUAUGAUUGUUCAGGAGUUUUGAAACAUAGUGGUGGUCCUUACGGUGAAAACCUUGCUCUUGGAUACACCGUGGAAGGAGCAAUCGAGGCAUGGUAUGAGGAAGGAGAGACAUAUGAUUAUCAAAGUCAUAAUGAAUAUAAUCAUUUCACUCAAAUGAUCUGGAAUUCUUCCAGUCAACUAGGUUGUGCUACCAAGCAUUGUAAUUCUAUUUGGAAUGACUAUGUAGUUUGUUCAUAUUACCAACAAGGGAAUGUGGUGGGAUAUAGCCCUAGUAAUGUGUUUCCUUUGCAUUAA